AGCAAAAAAAAGAAAGAGGGAGAAAGAUGAAAGAAAGGAAGGAAGGAAGGAAGAAAGAAAACCAGGUAUCUCAAGGAAUUUAAUGCUUUUCUAUGUAUGGGAAAUGCAAAAGUCUGGGUUCAUUGAAAUCAUUGAUUUGAUAUGCAUGCACCGCCGUAUCUUGGGCCGGUGUCCUGUGCUUUCCCACCCGAGUGUCCUCAGGGGGAACCGCUGGGCCGGGGGGAGGGUUUGGGGGGACUGCAGUGGCUGAUGGCUUGGUGGUACGCAUCUUGUUUCCAUCCUGAGGUCCCUCAGGGCUCACUGUCAGGAGUAGUUGUCAUGCGAUGGCUCGAUGGCAGCAGCAUCCUUGGUUUCCUGCUGUUGCGGGCCACACUCUUCAUUCUCAGCCACACCCAUGCUACUGCUGUCAUUUUGAGUCCAGUGAACUGUGGAAAGCAAAGUGCUGGCACGUGAUGGGAAGAGGGCAGGGCGCUUGCUCUUUAGACACCACGGUCUUCCUAACAGGAGCAGUUAGUUGCUCCAGGUGCCACAUCGUGCCCGGACAGGUAGACUAGCUGGGUGACUGCUGGAAUGAGAUGGGAGGGGGGCCACUUGUAGCUCCUGGGGCUGCCACAGUUGGCCUGUUAGUGGGACCAGUAACUUUCCCCCAGAAGCUCCUUACCACCUGCCUUCAUCUGCAGCACGCCCCCACGUUUGCUGAUUUGCUGGCGGCACCAGCACAGGUGAGCUAUGAGAACCCCUCUGUAAUGUGAUCAGACCUGCUGGGCUUCUUCUCCCGCCUCCCCUGCAUUACACUGACUGAGACUUCCAGGAAUUUCCGCCACAGCUCUGAAGACUUUUGUCCUUUCUUCUUCAGAGUAAGGAAGUGGGAGAGGAGGUGGGGUGGAAAGGAGAAUCCUUUGCCUUCUACCAAAUGACCUCAAAUCGGAAGAUGUCGGGCUUUUAAAGAGACCCAGUGGCUCCUCACUCCACAUUCGGUAGAUAAUACUGUGUGAAGAGCUCAAGUUAUCUGAAGCUCUGUGUGAAAUGGGAACCAGCCUUUGCUGUCUGGGAGCAAUGCCAAUCACCGUUCUCCCUGGCAGGCCACCGAAGAUGUGUUUAUUUCAUGUACGACCCUUUAAAGUUAAAAGUCACUCCUAGAUUCCUUCUGCCGCCAUCUCACGCCCCCACGAGUGUAAUUCUUAUUUCCCUCUGUCCAUAGCCAGUCCAGGGAAGUGCGAUGUGCUAUGUAAAAUCAUCAGAAAUUGUCUGACUUAACCCAGCGAACAGCCCCCCCACCAUCAGCCUUCCCCCCCACCCCGCGAUAGUCUUCUUCUUGGGCGUGUUGCAAGGGGGGUUGUCCUUAGCUGUGUCUGUGUAUGCCCAGAGGUAGAGAUAACCCUGAAAUGAAAACAAGGGGGCCGCCCAACAGGAAGAGAAAUCAAGCGGAGGAACAGCAGUCCGAAGGCUGUGGGUUCCAAGCCGGCUAGCAGGCUGCGGGGCUCGCCAGCAAGAGCAGAACCACUUCUAGGGCGCAGGCAAGGUGCAGGCGUGAGCCCAGCAGCGCGAUCAGAAGAGCUUGGAGGGAGGGGGGCGGAGUGAGGCCGGAGAAACCGCCCCGGCGAAAGGAGCCGUCCUUCCAGACCAGAAGGCAAUUUGCUACGAUCCUCUGGCGUCUUGGAUGCAAAUGAGACGGGCUUCCUGGAGGCGGGGCCGAGCCCGGCGCGCUCCGCCGGCCGCGGCGAUUCCGCACCGGAGGCCCGAAGACCAGGGCGCGCGCGAGAAGCAUCUCUGGCCCGUCGCCGAACCAACGAGGAUGGCCGCACCCCGAGGCAGAGGAUACAUGAGGAUUGAAGGACCCCGGGAAAAGAAACCCCUCUGGAAAAGCUGUUGAAAUUCAAGUCUGGGCAAAGAGGUCGCUUCAGCCUGGUGGUUUCGGGCACCGAUCGUUUCUCAGUCCUUGGAAAGAGAUUCCUUCCCCGGGGAAGUGAAAAAUAAUGAACUUUUGGAGGUAUUGCUUUUUUGCCUUCGCUGUGUUCAGUGUGGGUGUUUUGGUGAUACUUUACAAUAGCCAACUGAGCCCGCCGAAAACUUUCGGGAAACUGAAUGGUUCCAGUGAAAGGGAUUUGAAAAUCCAUGCCUGUAAUUGCGCCUUGGAAGAUAAGCCAUCCUUUCUGUGGGAAAAGACUUUGACGUCAGGGGUGGGAAGUGCCCCCUGCAAGGACUACCGGAUCCAGAGUCACUACAUCACAAGCCCCCUGUCCAAAGAAGAAGCUGCCUUCCCUUUGGCAUAUGUCAUGGUCAUCCAUAAGGACUUUGACACUUUCGAAAGGCUCUUCAGGGCUGUCUAUAUGCCCCAGAAUAUCUACUGUGUCCAUGUGGAUGAGAAAGCCACCUCCGAGUUUAAGAAGUCCGUGUGGCAGUUACUGAGUUGCUUCCAGAAUGCUUUUCUUGCUUCAAAGAUAGAGCCCGUGGUCUACGCAGGAAUUUCCAGGCUCCAGGCGGACCUGAACUGCCUGGAAGACCUUCUAGCUUCUGAAGUCCCGUGGAAAUACGCCAUCAACACCUGCGGGCAGGACUUCCCCCUGAAAACCAACAGGGAGAUCAUUCAGUAUCUGAAAGGAUUUAAAGGGAAAAACAUCACCCCAGGGGUGCUGCCCCCCGAUCAUGCUAUUAAGCGGACGAAAUAUGUCCACCAAGAGCACUUAGGCAAAGAGGGCUCUUUUGUGAAAAACACUAAUGUUUUGAAACCCCCCCCUCCACAUCAGCUGACCAUCUACUUUGGCACCGCCUAUGUGGCGCUUACCCGGGAGUUUGUCAACUUUGUCUUCCAAGACCAAAGGGCCAUUGAUCUACUCCACUGGUCCAAAGACACCUACAGCCCUGACGAACACUUCUGGGUGACGCUUAAUAGGAUUCCAGGUGUCCCUGGCUCCAUGCCUAACGCGUCGUGGGCUGGUAACCUCAGGGCUGUGAAGUGGAUCGACAUGGAAGAUAAACACGGAGGCUGCCAUGGCCACUACGUCCACGGCAUCUGUAUCUAUGGAAACGGAGACUUAAAGUGGCUGAUGAAUUCAUCAAGCCUCUUUGCUAACAAGUUUGAGCUCAGUACCUACCCUCUUACCGUGGAAUGCCUAGAACUGAGGCUUCGAGAAAGAACCCUAAAUCAGAGUGAAAUUGAAAUACAGCCCAGCUGGUAUUUUUGAUUGGCUGCCACUCACAGGUGAAGGGAAAUCACAGCUGGGAAGGAAAACCUUUCUUUGCCUCCGUCUCAGGACCUGACUCCAUUUUUACAUUUAAACUCUCCCCUGGACACUGUGAAAUAUAUUGUCAUGAGGGUUGCCCAGGGUGCUCCUGGCACUCUGGCCCCUCUGGCAGUUUUGUGUGUUUUGUUUUUUGGUUUUUUUUUUUUUUUGUCUUUUUAGGGCCGCACCUGUGGCCUAUGGAAGUUCCCAGCUUAGGGGUCAAAUCGGAGCCACAGCUGUCGGCCUACACCCACAGCCACAGCCACACCAGGUUGAGUUGCAUCUGCGACCUACACCACAGCUCACAGCAGCGCCGGCUCCUUAACCCACUAAGCAAGGCCAGGGAGUGACCCCAAGUCCUCGUGGAUACUAGUCAGGUUCAUUACCGCUGAGCCACGACGGGAACUCCUUAUGUUCUGAUCAAUGAUAAAUUUAACCUGCCGUCAGAUUUGCCUCAGAUAAUUAUGUAAAUGUGCUAAUGAAAAGGAGAAUUGUAGAUUACACUACUUAGGAAAAUAAGGAUUGGAUUUCUUUGGAGAAGGAGUCCUUUAUAAGAGAUCUACAGCCACACGUUAAUGGGCACCCCUGCUCUUUGCUUCACCACACGUAGGCAUAGAAGCGGUUUUCUUCUAGGUAGUUCAUCCAUCUCCUUUACAACUUGAGCUUCCAGAACUGAGAACUAGAGCUCAUUCGGAGUUUCACCAGUAGCAUUUUCAAGUUUCCUGUGUCUCAAGUUCUGUGUAGAAUGUAAAUUCAUUCACAGGAGACAGAAUUGAAGACAGCCGUCUCUGGGGGAUCUGUUUCUUAAAUACUUGCCAGAAUGGGCUCUGAUCCCUUAUCCAUCGCUUGCCAUUGGAGACAUGGCACAGUGCUUGAAGAAUGAAGAUGUUUCUAGAAAAGCGGUGCUAUUGCAUGGGUCUGGCCUCAGGUCCCUAACACCUCAGAGGGAGUCACUUUCCUUUUUUGCCCUCACCCUCCACCGCCACCCAAGGGAUCUUACCUUCAAAAUGACCAAAUUCUAACCCAUGGAGCCUUUAAGGAGUUCAUGGUGUCCCCUGAGUAGCCUUGUAAUGCCCAGGGGUGUUAGGAGUGCCUAGAUUUUUUUUUUUUUCUUUUUUUGUCUUUUUGCCUUUUCUAGGGCCGCUCCUUCGGCAUAUGGAGGUUCCCAGGCUAGGGGUCGAAUCGGAGCUGUAGCCACCGGCCUACACCACAGCCACAGCCACUCCGGAUCUGAGCCGCGUCAGCGACCUACACCAGAGCUCACAGCAAUGCCGGAUCCAUAACCCACUGAGCAAGGCCAGAGAUCAAACCCGCAACCUCAGGGUUCCUAGUCGGAUUCGUUCACCGCUGAGCCACGAUGGGAACUCCAGGAUGCCUAGAUUUUUAAAAGGUUUCAGUUGUGAGUGAGCCUCUCUCUCAUUCCUUCAUCCCGUUCAUCCAUCCCAUUCAUGCAUUUGGCUUCUAGUCAAGAAGUAUUUCUUGAGUGUCUGUUAUACACCAGACCUGUGCAGAGACAAGGAGGAGAAGUAAAUCAGAGGGGUUUGUUUGUUUGUUUGUUUGCUUUUUAGGGCCACAUAUGGAAGUUUCCAGGCUAGGGGUCAAAUCGGAGCUGCAGCUGCUGGCCUACACCACAGCCACAGCAGCACAGAAUCCGAGCCAGGUCUGUGACCUACGCUACCGCUCAGGGCAAUGCCUGAUCCUUAACCCACGGAGCGAGGCCAGGGAUCAAACCCGCAUUCAUGGAUACAUCUAGUUGGGUACUUGACCGGCUGAGCCACAACAGAAACGCCAGUCAGAGCUUUUUCACUCUAAAAAUACUGGCAAUGAUGUCAGCGUUGGGAAGACUGUUCUAGAGAAUCUCACUGAGUGGUCAUUUUUUGUUUGUUUGGAGUUUUUUUUUUUGGCCGCACCCACAGCGUGGGAAUGUUCCCAGAGUGAAGCCACGCCACAACAGCGACCAGCGCUACAGCAGUGACAACGCCAGGUCCUUAACCCACUGAGCCACAGAGGAACUCCCAGAAUGGUUCUGUUUGAACACAUCCACGUGCAGGGUCGUAAAGUGGGCUCUCGGGCCCAGGAUGGCACCAGUUACAGAAUGAAGAGAGACGGGAAGGAGGAGGCAGAAGCUUCGUGCCGACUGCGUCCUCAGCCUUCUGCCAGCGCCUUGCCCUGCCGUGGCCUGCAAGUGUCACAGCUCAGGGAAGCUCCUGGAUUACCCCCAUUUUGCAGAUGAAGUUACUGAGGCUUAGCGAGGUUGCCAGUAAACACUAGGAAACAAAUUUCUCUGUCUGAGAGUUGGGGUCUCUUGCUGGUCUCCUUGGUUCCUUUCCAGGGCGGAACAUUUAGAGAAGAUGAAAUGAGUCCUGUUGAGCAUCCGAGCAGGGUCUCAGUGUUCGUAAUGACACAAUGUCCUGUCACCUCAGAAAAAUGUGAAGUCUACUGGGACCCUUCAAAAUCCUGAUGGUUUAUUUAUUCUAAUGAAAAACGGUAACGACGAUGAAGGAUGCAUCUGAUUAAUGCAGUUUUUGGUCCUGUAAUUGUGUCUGUUGAAUGUUAAUCGUAUUUAAGGGAAUGACUUGGAAGCAAAGCCUUCUUCUUUUCCUGCUACUGAAAAAACAGAACUGAAUCGGGUGAUGAAGAGUUGAAGGCAUAGACAGCACACCCGGAGCUAAUGGCAGAAUCUAUAAAUCACCCUUUUUUUUUUUUCAAAUUAUUUACAUGAAACCGCCUGAGAAGAAGGAAUGUUUUACACUGGAUCUUUCGCAUGUAGAGCGAGAAAUCUUCUGGAAGAGAAGAAGUUUACAUGUCUGCCGUUGGUCGUUUAUUCUGUGUCUUAAGUCCUUUAAUAUUGAAAGAGUGUAGUGUUUGGACGAGUGGAUUUCUGCGAGUCCGUGGAGAUGCCCUGAAAGCUUGGUUUUUGAUGAUAUUCCACAUUGUUCUCUUGAAAUAAAUUAAUAUAUUGUUUUCCACC